AUGUUCCUGAAAUGUGCUGGCCAGGGAUCUGUGUCAUUCAAGGAUGUGACUGUGAAUUUUAGCCGGAGUGAGUGGCUACAACUGACCAGUACUGAGCGGACGCUGUACCGGGAUGUGAUGCUGGAGAACUAUAGCCACCUGGUCUCAGUGGGGUAUUGCAUUGCCAAGCCAAAGUUGAUCUUCAGAUUGGAGCAAGGAGAAGAGCUGUGGCCCAUAGAGGGAAAAGUGACAGGCCAGAGGGAUCCUGAAGUCAGGACGUUUGAUGACAUCAGAGAGAGAAGCCAGGAAAACCAAGAUAAACAUUUGUGCUCAGCUCUAAAAGUUCAUCAGAGAAUCCACACAGGAGAGAAGCCCUAUAAGUGUAAUGAGUGUGGGAAAUCCUUUUAUGCAAAAUCAAAUUUCAAUCAUCAUCAGAGAACUCACACAGGGGAGAAACCAUAUGAAUGUAAGGAUUGUGGGAAAUGCUUCUGUGUGAAAUCAAACUUAACAAAACAUCAGAAGACACAUACAGGAGAGAAACCUUUCAAAUGUAAUGAAUGUGAAAAAACUUUCUUCCAGAAGUCACAAUUUACUGACCAUCAGAGAACACACACAGGGGAGAAGCCCUAUAAAUGUAAUGAAUGUGGGAAAUCCUUUUACUAUAAGUCAGCCCUACAUGUACAUCAAGGGAAGCAUUCAGAAGACAAACCCUAUAAAUGUACUGAAUGUGAGAAAUCCUUCUGCUAUAAGUCAGCCCUAAUUAUACAUCAGGUAUCUCAUACAGGAAAGAAGCCCUAUGACUGUAAUGAAUGUGGAAAAACCUUCUGUGUGAAAUCAAAUCUUACGAAACAUCAGAAAAUUCACACAGGUUUGAAACCCUAUGAAUGUAAUGAGUGUGGCAAAUCCUUCGCUAUGAAUUCAAUGCUUGUUGUACAUAAAAGAAUUCAUACAGGGGAGAAACCCUAUGGAUGCAAUGAAUGUGAGAAGUCCUUUUACAAAAAGUCAGCCCUCACUAAACAUCAGAAAACUCACACAGGGGAGAAACCCUAUGGAUGCAAUGAAUGUGGGAAAGCCUUCCAUAUGAAAUCAACUCUAAUUAUACAUCAACGAACACACACAGGGGAGAAACCUUAUGAAUGUCAGGAGUGCAGGAAAACCUUCUUCCAGAAAUCACAUCUUAUUGAACAUCAGAGAACACACACUGGGGAAAAACCCCAUGAAUGUAAUAAAUGUGGGAAGUCUUUCUGUUACAAGUCAGCCUUAACCAUACAUCAAAGAACUCACACAGAAGAAAAACCUUAUAAAUGUAAUGAAUGUGAAAAGUCUUUCUGUAUGAAAUCACACCUCACUGUACAUCAGAGAACUCACACAGGGAAGAACCCCUUCGAAUGUAAUGAAUGUGGGAAGACUUUUUAUGUGAAGUCAAACCUCAUUAAUCAUCAGAGAACACACACAGGUGAGAAGCCAUAUGAAUGUAAGAGAUGUGGGAAAUCGUUCUGUAUGAAGUCAACCCUCACAGUACACCAGCGGACACACACAGGAGAGAAACCCUAUGAGUGUAGUGAAUGUGGAAAGUCCUUUUGUAAGAAGUCAACUCUUACUAAACAUUUGGUCAUUCACACAAAAAAGCUACCCUAAAAAAAAAAAAAAGGAAAAUCUUCCUGUGUGAGGUUAAAUUUUGUCAUGGAAGAAACCAUAGGAAUGUAAUAAUGUGAAGACUCCUCAGAAAGUGCACAUGUGGUGGGGGUUGGCUGACUCUCCAUGAAAGAGAUGAAUAUGGAAAACUUUCUGUGUCAUACCUUACUGUCAGAGAACUUGUGGAUCUACCUAUUGAAUACAUGCUUCAGAUAAAUCAUGGGGGAAGAGAAUAAAGAAUGCCAUAAAGGCAUUUACAAAGUUGCAACCUACUUAACAUUAAUAUUGAAGGGAAGUUAUAUAAAU